GGAGGGGUGCUACUUCUAAGUAGGAAAGUAUCCGUCUGCCCGGCAGCGCCUCCAAAAGAGGCAUUCUGGGCGUUAUGAACUUCUCUUUUCGGGAUUCUUGGCCUCUGUGGGAGCAGUACAGCUUGGAAUAAUUUCUGCAACCGCCACUAAAAUUCAGUCCCGCGGCAAUUGUUUACCAGCUCCCCUCGAAAGUCGUCACACAAAGCCCUGCUUUUCCGUGGGUCAUCGCAUGCCGGUGACCAAGAAACACACUUCCAGGUCCAAGGGACUUGGGGAGUUUAUGACCCCAAGACACCCUCUCACGUCAGUUAAUGGACAUUUGUAUGCGCGUGUACGAGUGCUCGUUUCUUCUCAAGAGACGAGUUCCCCCUUUCUCUUUUCUACCUGCGUCCCCGGCACCAAACUGCCCACAGGUCUAGAAAAGACCGAUUUCUAGGUACGUGACCGCAUUUGCGUGUAUCUGCUCGUGCACGCGCCGCGCGCGGGAGACCGUGUACGGGGCCGUAUGUGUGCGCCUCCGUGUGAGUAUAGUUGCGUGCGUUUUUCUCUUUGGGUGUAACAGGCGAGCUGUAUGGCUGGCUAAUCUGUCCUUCAGUCCGCGAGCCAAUGGCAGGCUCUCUUCUAUAAAAAUGAAUGUUUUCGGUCUCUGGCUUACAUGUACUGUAUGUGAAACCAGUGUGCGGUGGGCUCUGCUCAGAGCUUCUCUCUUCACUUUCACAUAAAGAAACACUGAGUGGCCACUGCUGUUUAGCGCUCUCCCUCUCUUUCAGUCUUUCUCUCCCCCUCUCUCUCCUUCUCAUACACUCACAAGUGGGAGGUAAGUGCCCUAGUCUCCCCCUUUUUUUCCUGAGCGACUCUGGAGAAAAGGCUCCUCUUCCCAACACUUCCCUUUCUAUUAUUACUCACUUAAAAGCUUUGGGGCAACCCCCCAGGACUCCGUCAAGCAGCUCCGCCGCCGCCGCCGCCGCCGCCAGUAGCGAUAGCCGCCACAACCGGCGGGCUGGACUCUUGGCGAGGAAGGCGCAGACCUUUUGACGUCCUUUACCUCUUGCUUCAAUUCCCGUUCACUUUCCGCCUCAACGCUCGCCUGUCCCCUGAAACUUUGGAUGGGGGAACCCGAGAGAAGGUCAUUAUCACAUGUCAAAGGUUUGGCGGCAGUUUAAUUUUCCUGCCCUUGUAAUUUUCAUUUACCAUCCUAGGAGACGAAAUUAAGGAUGGGUAGAAAGGCUCUGCUAAUCUGGUGAGGUGAUGUCCCUUUAGCACAUGGAAUCCUUCACAGAUACUACUGUACAUUGCUGUUCUGGAUGAGUGGAAGUCUGAAGGAAAAAGAGUUUGCCAAAGAGGAACAACAGGAAAAAUGAAGGUUUUUGUAACAAUAUAUCUGCCCUUAAGUUAUGAAGAAAUUAAGAGAUGUGUUAGAGAUGCUAAAAAAUGGAAGCAUCAGGAAAGGUGGUCACAGUAAUGAAAGGCAGCAAUAGGAAUAAAGAUCACUCAACAGACGGAGAAGGAACUGGAAAACGACCAAAGAGGAAGUGUCUUCAGUGGCAUCCACUACUUGCAAAAAAAAUUCUUGACUUUUCUGAAGAGGAGGAGGAGGAAGAAGACGAGGAAGAUAUUGAAAAGAUCCAGAUUCUGAGUGCUGAUGGUCUUGAUCAUGAUGCUGAUGAAACAGAAGAUGAGGAAUCUUCAGAACAGCGAGCUCGCAGACCAAUGAAUGCAUUCCUUUUGUUCUGCAAACGUCAUCGUUCCCUUGUCCGGCAAGAACAUCCUCGUCUGGACAAUCGUGGUGCUACCAAAAUAUUGGCAGAUUGGUGGUCUCUUCUUGAGCCUAAAGAAAAACAAAAAUACACUGACAUGGCCAAGGAGUAUAAAGAUGCAUUUAUGAAAGCAAAUCCUGGCUACAAAUGGUGUCCACCUACAAACAAACCUGUGAAAGCUCAGUCACCCACAAUAACAAAUCGAAAAAAGCUUUGGGCUUUCCCAUCAGAAGUUACAAAAGAUUUGCCUAGUCCAAAAAAGCUGAUGAAGACAGAAGAAACCCCUCAGCUGAAUUUUGCAAUGGCAGAUCCUACGCAAAUGGGAGGCCUCAGCAUGCUACUGUUAGCAGGAGAACAUGCCUUGACUGCACAAGAAGUUUCUUCAAAUACAUGUCAUUCUGAUUCCCCUAAUUCUAUUGAAGGAUGUCUAAACUCAACAAUGUUACAAUUUGCUGAGAUUUCUUCAAAUCUGCCAAAGGGAACUGUUCCUGAAAAUCCAAAAGAAAGUGAUGAAUCAACUCUACUUCAGUUCUCAGAGUUGAAGGGCCCUGAGUCAAUCAAGCACUGUAGAAAAUCAGCACUCUUCCAGUUGGCUGAGAUCUCAUCAAGUACAUCCCAUUCAGGUCCUUCUGAAUUAACGAAACAGUGUGGGACAUCAGCAUUGUUUCAGUUGGCAGAGAUGUGCCUUGCAUCAGAGGAAGUAAAAGUGAGAGAACCUGAGAAGGCAAAAACUGAAACAGCCAGGAUUGUCAAAACACUGGAAUCAUCUGAACAGAUGAAAGUUGAAGAUUCAGAGAAAACAAAAGUAAAAACAGAAAAAUCUCAGAAAUUGAAGGGACAAGAACAUGAAAAGGCAAAGACUGGAGUUUUCGAAGAGGUAACAAGGUGUAAACAUAUUUCAGAUCCAGCUUUGAACAGCAUUACAUUAGUUGGACAUGACAGUGCAACAGCAAAAGAUCCUGCAUGCUGUUCCCAUGAGCUGACAUCAGUAGCUGACAUCAGCACUUUAGGAUUAAACAAACCAGAAAAACUGAAGAAGAAAAAGAAGAAAAAUAAACUGGACCGGCAAGGACUUGAAAAAUGUACUCCUAAAAAGACUUGCAAAAAAAGGCAGUCUUCCGAAUCAGAUAUUGAGAGUGUCAUUUAUACUAUUGAAGCAGUUGCAAAAGGGGACUGGGGGACAGAGAGACUUACAGAAAUGUCCCAUAAGAAAAUUCGCCUUUCUUCUGCAGUGAAAGGCAAUAUUUUGGACACAAAGUCACCAAAGAAGAAAGUAAAAUCAAAAGAAAAAAGAGCACUGAAAGAAAAAUGUUUAGAGACCACCAAAGAAGCAAAGCCGCCUGAUUUUUUUAGUGUUAAAGAUAACAAGGAUGUACCAUGUGAAGUAUCUGAAAACACAAUAUCAGAUAUCCUAACCCCAGCAGAGGAUAUAAUAUCACGCAGUUUACCAGAUCAAGUAAAAAUUGAGGACAGUGACUGUAAUAAAAAGGCAGAAAUUUGUGGGUCGAGAAAAUCUGAAAGAGCUUGCAAAGGUGCACUAUACAAAACACUGGUGUCAGAAGGCAUGCUUACAUCUCUGCGUUCCAAUGUUGACAGAGGAAAACGAAGCUCAGGAAAAGGUGGCAACUCUGAUCAGGAAGGAUGCUGGAAUGAAGAGACUUGGGCAUUUUCCUUAAGUGGGGCAAGUGGGAACAAAAAGUUAAAAAGAAGUAAGCCAAAGGAAGACGUUGUUUUGGGCUUAGCAAAACUUGAAGAAGAAUUUGAGAAAAAGUUCAACAGCCUUCCUCAAUACAGUCCCAUUACAUUUGAUCGUAAAAAUGCCUCUCUACCAAGAAAAAAGAAGAAAGUUGGCAGUUAUGCUGUAGACCAAACAAAAUCUAACAAAGAGUCUGUGGUAAUACAAGAACCUUUGGUUGGAAGUCAGAAGAGAAAAGCAAGGAAAACCAAGAUCACACAUCUUGUCCGGACAGCAGAUGGUCGAGUUUCACCAGCAGGGCAAGGUCUGGAAGAGAAACCAAAAGGGCAACUGCAGAAUACUCUACAGAGAACAUUAAAUACAGGGAUGGAAUGCAGUAAGGAAUCCUUGCUAAACAAUGAUCUGGCAGAAAAUCAUAGUAUGACAUCAGACAUGCCAUCUGUAUCUGCAUUCUUCAGUCUAGCUGCCUUAGCAGAGGUAGCGGCAAUGGAAAAUGUGCACAGGAAUCAGAGAACAGCCCCUCUUCCCUGUGAUGGACAGCCAAAAGAAAUGUCUCAGGCUCCAGUGCUUAUUUCCUGUGCUGACCAGUGAAGCUCUACCCUUUUGUAAAACAUUGUGCUUUACCUAAUAUUCUAGCCUUGUCUUUACCAAUGGAUGGUAGUCAGUCCAUGUGAUGGAGGAACUCAUAGACUGAAAAUGAGUGGUUCAUGUUCAGUGUGGCACAGAUUUCACUUGUAGCUUGAUCCAGGUCCCUUUAGCUUGAGCCUAAAAUGUACUAUGAGAGUGAUAUUAUUUUUCUCUUAUGGAACAGAAAUGAAAUAUCCUGGAGCUUUGCUUUCUAGUGAAGGUUUUUAAAGUGGUAAAUUCAGUUACAUGAAGAAGGCAAACUUUACUGUAGCUCACACAGCACCUGUUCUGUCAAAAGUAGUUCUUAUGAAGUCUAGCUACUUUAAACAAAAGUACAGCGAAAGAAAAGAGAAAAGAAAGAAAGAAAAGAAAGAAAGAAAAGAAAAAGAACUGAUACACUGCACUAGUUACUAGAUAAUCUUAGUCCUUUUUACAUGAACAUUUUAAGUUCUCGGGUGGUUUAUAUAAUAGGUUAUGCCUACAUUUAUAUUUAAAAGUGAAUUUAACCUGUUUGUAGACUCCAAGAACGCAUGGGAGGUGUACUGUUGUUUGAGGUCUAUGUGCGGCCAUGCGGCCAAGAAGUUCUGCACUUUUCUGAAUUUGCCUCCAGGGUGAUAGAAUUUUUGGCAAAAAAAUAUUGACAGGCUUUAAUGUGCUUUUUUUAAAUUAAGCAUAGAAUAAUGAAGAUUUACAUUUAAAGCAAAGGUCUGGCAUACAGAUAAGAGCAGUGAUUACAGAUUACUGGUUUGAAUUUCAAGCCUUGAAAAUUUCAUUUAUUUUUGGACAGAAAUUCAGAAUGACAAAGUUUAAAGCAGUGAAAUGGGGAAAUACUAUUAAUAUAUUGUUCAGAAGUGACCUUAGUACUACUUCAACUCCUUUGGGGAAAAAUCUUUUCAGUUGACAUAUACACUGAUGAAUAUAUUUUACAUUUUAUGAACACUGGAAUUGUCAUAAAUACUAUGCACAGUCUGAAUUGGCUUCAUCAGUUUAUGAAGUGCCAGUGGUAGUUUGGGAUGGUAAAGUGCUGAGUAUAGUAUAAGUAGAUGAUGACUGAAGAAUAAUGUUACAGAAUUUAGGCCAUCAAACAGACCAUUUUUCAAUUUGUGUUAUCUUUAUUCUGUGUUGCAUCCCCUUUCUCCAUCUCUACAUCUCUUGCCAGAGUAGGUUCCAGAGUUUAUAUAAUUAUUAUUAUUUUAUGGCAUUUCUUAAUUACUUUAUAUAUGCCAGUUUGCUGUCAUUCAACACAACAUACAGCAGCAUCUAUACAGAUUCCUUUU